CGCAAUUGUCGCCAUGCAUCCAUCAACAAAACCUAUAUAUAAAAGCCUCCAAAAUCUCUAUGACCCUUCUCCAUUGCAGUCUUUCUCCAACCAUCAUCAAGAGAGAAUUGCUGCAUUUUAGAGCUUGAACAAAUUUAAUUCCCAAAAUUUAUUUAUUCAUUUUUCAAAAUAAAACAAAAAAAAAUGGCGCACAACUUGUUUGUUCUUGCUCUAGUUUUUUUCGUCGUGGUCGGCAUGGCUGCGGCAGAGGCACCUGACGCAUCGUCUUCCGCCGCACCCGAUGCCACCACGGACGAUAACACCGUCAUCGGCACCCUCGAUGGCGGUGCUACUACCGUAGCCGCCCCGGUUGGUGGGCCCAUCCCUUCUUCGGUUCUCGAUAGCUUCACCCCGACUGGAGCACCCAACAACGCUGCCAAUAUUGCCGGUGGAGUCCCCGCCAUUGUGGCUGCCGUGGCAGCCACCGUCGCCGGAUCAUUUUUCUUCUAAAAUCAUACGUUAUUUAUGAUUUAUAU